AUGCAUCUGACGAAAGAGGCCCUAGCACAAACAAUGCUCAUCCUUUCAUUAAGCAUUCCAUCUGCCAAUUCUGAAUCCUUCAACAUGUCUUUCAAUUUCCCAUCUUUUCAAUCAAACGAUCAGAGAAUAAUUUUUCAGGGCAAUGCCUCCGUACUGGGCUCCAAAAUCCAACUCACUCAGGGUGAGCCAUUGGAGUGCCCCACGGACGCAGUUGGCCGAGCAACAUAUCAACAACCCAUGCACCUGUGGGAUAGCUCAACAGGGAAUGUGGCAGAUUUUGUCAGCCAUUUCACUUUUGCUAUCAAUUCCCAUGGGAACUCCUCCCGCGCUGAUGGUUUGGUUUUCUUUCUUGCUCCUAAUGGAUCGCAGAUCCCUGAACACUCAGAAGGAUGCUUUCUAGGCCUCACCAGUUCCACUCCAAAUACCAACUCUAGUAAUGCAUUUGUUGCGGUGGAGUUUGAUACUUUCUAUGACCGUGCAUGGGAUCCACAAUGUGAUCAUGUGGGAAUCGAUGUAAACAGCCUGGAUUCUGUCAAUAAAACUUGUGUAUCAUGGAUGGAUUACAGCAUAUUCGAUGGUAAAAAACUUCACGCUCAGGUCACAUACAAUUCUAGAGAAAUGAGCUUGAGUGUUGUUUUUGGAGAUAAUGCUGAUAAUUCUGCCAGCCUUUACUAUCAGCCACUCAACCUGACAGAGUACUUGCCAGAAUGGGUGGUUUUUGGUUUCUCAGCAUCAACAGGGCAGUCUCUUGAGGUUCAUACUAUUUUAUCAUGGGAAUUCAACUCUACUCUACAAAUCCUCGACACACCUUCAGCUAAAGAGAGAGAAAAACGGUCAAGUGGGGGAGGAGAUGAUGUUCUUGGGAUUGAUGAAAGAUUUGAACAGUCGAAGGGACCCAAGAAGUACUCCUACAGGGUCUUGGCCAUGGCAACUAACAACUUUGCUAAUACCCGGUUGCUCGGGGAAGGGGGUUUUGGAGAAGUGUAUGAAGGCCACCUCGCUGAUGAAAAUUCCCAUGUCGCUAUCAAGAAGAUCACUCCGGAGUCCAGCCAAGGUUUAAAGGAGUAUGCGACCGAAGUGAAGACCAUUAGAAAUCUUAGGCAUAAAAAUUUAGUGGAGCUCUUUGGCUGGUCUCAUGAGAAAGAGAAGUUCCUCCUUGUGUAUGAGUUCAUGUCUAAUGGUAGCUUAGACUCUCAUUUGUUCAAAGAUAAAGCGCUGCUGUCAUGGGGAAAGAGGUACAGUAUCGCUCAAGGCAUCGCCUUAGGGCUGAAAUACUUGCACGAGGAUUUGAAACAAUGCAUUGUGCAUAGAGAUAUAAAGUCUAGCAAUAUCCUACUCAAUGCACAAUUUGAGGCUAAAUUGGGUGAUUUUGGCCUGGCUCGAAUGGUCGACCAUGCCAAAGGUUCACAAACAACUCUGUUGGCUGGGACUAUGGGAUAUUUGGCCCCAGAAUGUAUCUAUACAGGCAAGGCAAGCAAAGAAUCUGAUGUCUAGUUUGGAGUUGUCCUCUUAGAAAUAGCAUGUGGAAGAAAAGCUAUUGAAUUGAGAGCAUCAGAAGACCAAGUCCAACUUGUGGAGUGGGUUUGGGAGCUCCAUGGAAUUGGAAAGCUAUUAAAUGCAGCAGAUCCAAUGUUAGGAGAAGAUUUUGAUGUGAGACAAAUGGAGUGCUUGAUGAUUGUAGGCCUUUGGUGUACUCAUCCAGACCCUAAAGAACGGCCUCCAAUAAGCAAAGUAAUAACCUUUUUGAACUUUGACGCUUCACCGCCCAUUCUGCCACCAAAGUUGCCCAUCCCAACAUAUAUCAUUCCUCCAUCUCCUAUGCCUGAACUGUUCCACCUUUCGUCAGCCAGCUUCAGAAGUAUUGAACCACCGAGCGCUUCCAGUACUCAACUGUCUGCAUUUACUGGCUUUUCCUAGGAAUCUUCCAUUUUAAGUUCUUCUGUAUUACAUGCAUACAAGCAUGCUUUUAAUUGUUCGUCUCUGUACGCUCUUUAUGAUUGGAUUUUCAUUUUGACGGAAUUAUAGGAAAGAUGGAUAGCAUGGUCUAUUUCAGUGGCUAUAACCCUAUUACUCAUCCAGGAUUUCGUAAUUUGCACCUUGCGAAAUUAUGUAAGUAGGCUUCUUCUUCAUCCUAC